AUGGACGAGUUGCUAGCGAGCGAGCUGUCGGCCGAGACGUUGGCCGCGCUGCAGGCGCAUCUGCUGGAGCGCCACCAGGAGGAGGACGCCCCCGUGUCGGAGGAUUUCCGCCUCUCGCAGUUCUGGUACGAUGAGAAGACUGGCCGUGCACUGGCCCAGGAGGCCAUCGACCACAGCAGCAGCGAGCUGCGCAUCGCGUUUGUGAGCACGCCCGCGGCCUACCGCGACUUCCUCAAGAUCCAGAGCGAGGAGCCCGACGAGGCCAAGCGCGCGGCCAUGGGGGAGAACGUCUACAUCUUCGAGUACGACCGGCGGUUCGGCGAGAAGUACGGCGACCGCUUCUGCUUCUACGACUACAACGCGCCCACGGAGCUGCCGGACAAGUUCCACCACUUCUUCGACUACGUGCUCAUGGAGCCGCCCCACCUGAGCCCGGACUGCCUCGAGAAGUUCUCGGACACCAUGCGCUGGCUCGCCAGGAACGUCGAGCAAGUGCCCGGCAAGAAGGACCGAGUGGUGAACCCCUCCACCUUCAUCAACUCCCAGUUGCUGCGCAAGGAGAUGAAGGCGGACCUGGGCUUCACCCCCACGGGCUUCUACCCGAGCUUCGAGUCCAAGCUGUCCAACCACCUCCUCACAUACACCAACUACGAGUCCGAGCGCUUCGGCCCGUGCCAGGAGCCCGACGACGAGUAG